AGAAGCUAUAUAUAAAGACAGUGUUGGUGAGACUUUUACUUUUGCAUUAGUUUGAAAGACUUGUUACAUUAGUUGUGUUGUGAGUUAUGGGAAGACAACCUUGUUGUGACAAACUUGGUGUGAAGAAAGGUCCAUGGACAGCUGAAGAAGACAAGAAACUCAUCAAUUUCAUUCUUACCAAUGGACAAUGUUGUUGGCGUGCCGUGCCUAAACUUGCUGGACUUAGGCGUUGUGGUAAGAGUUGUCGUCUUCGUUGGACUAAUUAUCUUCGUCCUGAUUUGAAGAGAGGUCUUCUUACUGAGGUAGAGGAGCAGCUUGUUAUUGAUCUUCAUGCCCGUCUUGGCAACAGGUGGUCGAAGAUUGCUUCCAGGUUACCCGGGAGAACAGAUAAUGAGAUUAAAAAUCAUUGGAACACACACAUCAAGAAAAAACUCAUUAAAAUGGGAAUUGAUCCCAUUACUCAUGAGCCUUUGAAUAAACAAGCCUCAUCCAAUGAUAGUUCAUCAUCCCCUGCAGAGAAUUUGUCACAACCAGACAAAAACCAUGAAGAGAAGGAAAUUGAUGGAAUUGUCAACUCAGAUGAGAAUUCAAGCUCAUCCCCAACUGAAAAUUCUUCUGGAGAAGAAUCCCUUUUGCUAGAUAGCAUUUGCAGUGAUGAUUCUCUAAUGAAUAGUCUAUGGUUGGAUGAAACACCAUUGGUUGAAGCACUUUGGGAAAUGGACACUACACCUAUAACAGAAAUAGAGAAUACCAAAAUUGAGAUGAAUUUUGUGCCUUCUUGGGAGGAUAAUUGUUCUUGGCUAUUGGAUUGUCAAGACUUUGGUAUUCAGGAUUUUGGAUUUAAUUGCUUCAAUGAGAUAGAAUCAAGUAUGCAAACUAUAGACAUGAAGGAAAAUAUUAAACAUUAGUAUAUAUAAAUAAGUAAAGUAUAUUUACCAUGAGCUCAAAUUGAAGCUCAUUGUGUUGAGUUUUAUUUAGUUAGUAAUGUUUCUUGGAAGGUGGAAGAUGAAUCUUUCUUCUUAUGAGGUUCUAAGUGAACCAAAUAAAAAAAAAAAAAAUUUAUGGCAAACCAAAAAUCAUGAAAAUGCUACAUAGUUAAUAUACUUGAUUCUAAUUGGUGUAAUUUUAUGUGUGCUCUAGUGACAAAACAAAGGUGAAAUGUCAAAAGUAAUAUUAGAGGGUUCUAACAUCUGUAUAUUGUACAAAGAUGUUUAAUUUGGAAAUAAUGAUAAAAUCUUAUGUGAUUAUUUAUUCUGCUGUAA